GGGAGCCAUUUGCCUGAGUGGCAGGGGGACCGGAAGUGGGGGCGCUGCCGCUGGUGCUCGGGCCGAGGGACGCGCCGUGGUGGGGCCGCCGGGACUGAGCGAGCGACAGACGCGCCACCCGCCGCCGGGGCCAGCACGGACCCUCUGCCUGAGUAUAGAAUGAGCCAAGGAGACUCAAACCCAGCAGCCAUUCCACAUGCAGCGGAAGAUAUUCAAGGAGAUGACAGAUGGAUGUCUCAGCACAACAGAUUCGUCCUGGACUGUAAAGACAAAGAGCCUGACGUGCUGUUUGUGGGGGACUCCAUGGUGCAGCUGAUGCAGCAGUACGAGAUAUGGCGAGAACUUUUUUCCCCACUCCAUGCACUGAAUUUUGGAAUUGGAGGAGAUACAACAAGACAUGUUUUAUGGAGGCUAAAGAAUGGAGAGCUGGAGAAUAUUAAACCUAAGGUCAUUGUUGUCUGGGUAGGAACAAACAACCAUGAAAAUACUGCAGAAGAAGUAGCAGGUGGAAUCGAGGCCAUCGUACAACUUAUCAACACAAGGCAGCCACAGGCCAAAAUCAUUGUGUUGGGUUUGUUACCUCGAGGUGAGAAGCCCAACCCUUUGAGGCAAAAGAAUGCCAAGGUGAACCAGCUCCUCAAGGUUUCCCUGCCAAAGCUUGCCAACGUUCAGCUCCUGGAUACCGACGGGGGCUUCGUGCACUCGGACGGUGCCAUCUCCUGCCACGACAUGUUUGAUUUUCUGCAUCUCACGGGAGGGGGCUACGCAAAGAUCUGCAAACCCCUCCACGAACUGAUCAUGCAGCUGCUGGAGGAAACCCCUGAGGAGAAGCAAACCACCAUCGCCUGACUGGCUGCCAUCAGUGUUCACUGCAUCCCCCUUCCUCAGAUCAGUUAUGUCACUGGCACUCGGAGCCUUCUCUUUCCUGAGGCACUUGGCGUUGUAGGAUGUUCCUGGAUGUUCAUAUCUAGUGUUGGAAAGGGAGGAGGGAUUGAAACUGGUCCUGUACAUAGGUUUGUUUGACACAGGAGAAGAAGUAGUUAAGAGAAGAUGGUUGUUUAAAUUCAUUUGAAACCAGAAGGGGACUUUGUAGUUGUAUGUGUGGCGCAUUUAUUGAACUAUCACUGUUUCACCUAGAAUGACAUCAAGCCUAAGUACUGAACAAAAUGAAGAUUCUUUUCUUGGCCUUUCUUUCUAUGGAUUAUGUCAUAUGUAACGAUGAUCAGAAUCACACCUACUUGGCUUUAAAACAUGGUUUUUUCCAAUUUUUAAGGUUCAUAAUUUAGCCUUUUGUUUCUUUUUUCCUUUAUUCGUGUAUUCUCAAUAUUUUGACAUAUAACAUCAGAUUGGACAUACUUGUCAUUCAAAUAUGGGAGAUGCUAUAGUUACAAGUGGUUUGUUCCACCGUCUUAUCUUUCCCAGGCUUAGCAGUGAAGAAUAGGUUUUGCCCCAAUUGGGGUACUCUGUGGUGGGUAUUAUUUUUAUGCUGCUGAAUAUCAUGUCUGAACAGACCCAUGCAUGCAUCCUUUGCUCCUUUUUUGGAGGGGUCCUUGCUGAUGUUACCAGCUUUAACACAUUUUUUGACCUCGGAGCUCUGUUGCUGGGCAUGUAAGUACCCAGCCAGUUACUCUCAUGAUAUUCUGAUGUGACGCAUUCUUGUGUGUGUUUUGCGCUAGAGUCUGUGUAGUGCUAUCCAGAUCCGGAGUGGUUUGUUUGGUUUGCUUUUCCCUUAGAGCCUGUUACAGUUUUUUCUUCCUUCCUUCCUUCCUUCCUUCCUUCCUUCCUUCCUUCCUUCCUUCCUUCCCUUUUUGGUGGGGGUUGGGGAGGAUCAGACCUCUUCUAUUUUUCAUUCCAUAAACUCUGGCAUUAUUUCAAGUUUUUUAGUAUCUAGGGUGUAUAUUUUAUUUUUGUAUUGUCUUAGUUUUUAAAUUAUAUCAGUCUGAAAGUUUGGCCUUUUCUCAUGGGGAAACAGGUGGAACUGUUCUUCAGAAUAAACAUCCCACGUGAUUCCUUCCCCUCCCCGCCUCGGGCUUGUUUAACUUUCAGGCUUUCUUCUUAAUGUGUCUUCUGAGAAUUUCUUUCAAGAGAGCUCUUUUAUCUGAAUGGUUUGAGCUACAGGAACUGCCAUUUUGAAACAAGGGGACAGUGGAUGGUUCUUGUUCCUAUGAAAUGUGUACAAACUGGGUCUACAGACAGAUUUAAACUGGACCAGGGAGAUACUGAAGUAGCCUGUCCAGAUGUGCUCUGCAGUGCUUUGCUAACAUUCUGGGUCAGUAACUGCGGCGGACGCCCAUGUCCGCCUCCGGGCCGACAGCAGUGCUUCGGGGGCGCGGAGGGUGCUGUUUGUGCUGAGCCAGUCCUGGUUGAGGGAUAGAGCUUGGCUGAUGUGUUCUUUUCUUGUCAAGCCUCUUUCUAGGAAUUUUAUUGUUUUUGGUUUUUGUCUUUUU